UGACCUCUCAGUUGAAUUUAAGAGAUCCCACUAAGCCACUCAGAGCAUUUCAAGUCUCGAGAUAAAUCAUUACACCCCAAAACACACACACAGUCCCCCCACAGUGCCAGCAACAAUGGCUGAGAUUGCAAUCUCAAUCUCUCAGAAACUCACAUGACCAGUCUCUCUCAAUCCGCCAUGUUUUGCAAAAAUCAAGGCACAUCAAGUUCACAAUGAUGGGUAACAAGAAGCAUAAACUUGGUGGUGGAAUCCAUGGAGGAGGAGAAGAAGAGGAAGAGGCAGAUGAAGAAGAAAACUGAGACAAGAAUUUGCUGUAAAGUUUGGUUUAGAGUUGACUUGUUUAUUUUAUUUUCUUUUCAUUUCACUGCUUAAGAUUGUGACUUUCACGGCCUCCCUCCACUUUCUUGCGUUGAUCAUUCAAUCUUUUCUUCUAUUUUUGUUGUUCGCCUCUCGUUUUUUCUCUGUAAAGUUCUCUCUCUCUCUCUCUCUCUCUCUCUCUCUCUCUCUUCCUUAUCUUUUACAGUCUGACUCUAUUCAUUGCAUUGUGGGCUUUUUUGUGUGGUUUUCUUGUUCAGUGGCUUUAAAACUUAGUUGGGUUUCGGUCCCUUUAAGUUAAUGCCACCGUUGAGACCAUAUUUUCAUUUAGUUUUCCACAAACGUAGUUGUUCUCGCCUAACCCCCUAUUUCCUUCGGUAUUUUUAUUUAAAAAUAAUAAUAAUAAUUUGUAUUUUUGGAUACCAUGCAUGGAGCACUACCCCCCCUUGUAUUCCAAUUUCAGUUUCAAUCUUGUAUCCCAAUUUCAGUUUUCAAUAUUGCCUCUGAGUCUCUUUUGUUCCGAAGUUUGCUUUGAUAUAUCAGCUUUUUAAUCUCCUCCACAGCCUUCACUGAUCAUCAUAUUCUUGUUCCAUUGAGAUGUUCUAACAUAAAAAAAAUUCCCUAAUUGUUACCCAAUUGAAGGAUUUGAAGUGCAUAUUUCCUUCAAAAAAAUUCUCAUGCCACAAAACUUGCUGAGCAAACAAUGUAAUUUUCUUAAUUUGUGUACGUAGAAAUGGCUUGGCAGGUUAGUCAUCUCCUACAAAUGUUGUUCCACAUAGCACUCAUAUUUUCUCUCACUUCUGCCUCCAUGAACUCAUUAGACCAAGAGGCUCUUUCCCUUUUGGAGUUCAAAAGAUCACUUUCUGAUCCAAGCAACAAUCUUGAAACCUGGAAUUCAGCAUAUUCAAAUCCUUGCAAUUGGACCGGAGUUCGUUGUUCUGAUUUCAAGGUAACUUCUAUAAAUCUCAAUGGACUUAAUUUGUCUGGCACUUUGUCUCCAAGCAUUUGUAAUCUUCCUUACUUAACUGAAUUCAACGUGUCCAAGAACUUCUUCUCUGGUCCUUUCCCUAAGGGUUUGGCAAAUUGUCAUAAUCUUGAGAUUCUAGACUUGUGCACAAAUAGGUUUCAUGGAGAAAUGUUGACCCCUUUCUGCAAAAUGACCAACCUUAGAAAGCUUAACCUCUGUGAGAAUUAUGUGUUUGGUGAAAUGCCUGAGGAUAUAGGGAAUUUAGCUUCACUUGAAGAGCUUUUCAUUUACAGUAAUAAUCUUACCGGUGUCAUUCCCACAUCGAUUAGUAAGUUGAAAAGGCUCAAGGUCAUCAGAGCGGGUAAAAACUUGCUUUCAGGGCCAAUACCAACUGCUAUUGGUGAGUGCGAGAGCUUAGAAGUUCUUGGGUUGGCACAGAAUCAGUUAGAAGGAUCGCUUCCGAGGGAGCUUCACAAGCUCCAAAAUCUGACUGAUUUGAUCCUCUGGCAAAACCAAUUAAGUGGUGAGAUUCCUCCUGAGAUUGGUAAUAUAAGUAGGCUGCAGUUGCUUGCCGUGCAUGUCAAUUCUUUCAGUGGAUCGCCCCCGAAAGAACUUGGGAGGUUAUCCCAGCUCCAAAGAUUGUAUAUCUAUACCAACCAGCUGAAUGGAACAAUUCCAAGAGAGCUAGGGAAUUGUACCAAUGCUGUUGAGAUAGACCUUUCUGAAAAUCAGUUAACUGGAUUCAUCCCCCGGGAGUUGGGUUACAUCCCUAAUCUCCACCUGCUUCACCUUUUUGAGAACCUGCUUCGAGGAAAUAUUCCUAGGGAGCUUGGGCGGUUGAAGAUGCUGCAGAGGUUAGAUUUAUCGAUAAAUCAUUUGACAGGCACAAUUCCACUGGAGUUUCAGAAUCUCACUUGCAUGGAUGAUUUGCAACUGUUUGAUAAUCAUCUUGAGGGUAGAAUUCCGCCUAACCUCGGAGCUAACAGUAACCUCACAAUACUGGACAUUUCUGCAAAUAAGCUUGUUGGUAGAAUACCUCCACAUCUUUGUAAGUAUCAGAGGUUAGUGUUUCUAAGCCUCGGUUCCAAUAGGUUGUCCGGAAAUAUUCCAUACGGUCUUAAGACAUGCAAGUCUCUGAUGCAGCUAAUGCUAGGAGAUAACCAUCUUACAGGAAGCCUCCCUAUGGAGUUAUAUAACCUUUCUGCUCUUGAAGUCUUUCAAAACCGGUUCUCAGGACCAAUACCUCCAGAGGUAGGCAGGCUUAUAAGUUUAGAAAGGCUGCUCUUGUCAGAUAACUACUUUGUUGGGUACAUUCCUCCUGAGAUUGUGAAUCUAUCACAGCUUGUGACCUUCAACGUUUCCUCUAACAGACUCUCGGGUAGCAUUCCUCAUGAGCUUGGAAAUUUAACAAAAUUACAAAGGCUUGAUCUUAGUAGGAACCACUUCACUGGAAAUCUCCCAGAAGAACUUGGAAAGCUAGUGAAUCUAGAACUUUUGAAACUAUCUGAUAACAGUUUGAUGGGAGGAAUACCAGGGACUCUAGGGAGCCUGGCCCGACUGACGGAGUUGCAGAUGGGAGGAAAUCACUUUUCUGGUAGCAUCCCUGUUGAGAUGGGCCAACUUAUUGCUCUACAGAUUUCCCUCAACAUCAGUCAUAACAAUCUUUCGAGUACAAUUCCUGAAAACUUGGGGAACUUGCAGAUGUUGGAAUCUCUCUACUUGAAUGACAAUCAGCUUGUUGGUGAAAUUCCUGCCUCAAUUGGUGAGUUGCUUAGCCUUUUGGUGUGCAACCUUUCUAACAAUAACCUAGUGGGAACCGUGCCCAACACCUCUGUAUUUCGAAGGAUGGAUUCUACGAAUUUUGCAGGAAACGAUGGCUUGUGCAGAUCAGUUUCUAGUAGUUGUCACUCUGCAGCUCCAUCUACUACUCCAAAGCGAAGCUGGAUACAGGACGGUUCAUCUAGAGAGAAAAUAGUGACCAUUAUAUCCGUUAUAAUUGGAUUAAUCUCCUUGUCUUUUAUAGUGGGUUUCUGUUGGGCAAUGAAGCGCCGAAAGCCUACUUUUGUUUCACUUGACGAUCACACAAAGCCUGCAGAAGUGUUCGAUAACUAUUACUUUCCUAAGGAAGGUUUCAAAUACCAGGACCUUGUUGAAGCUACCAGCAGUUUUUCAGACAGUGCAAUUCUUGGAAAAGGAGCCUGUGGUAUUGUGUACAAAGCUGUAAUGUCUGACGGUGAGGUCAUUGCGGUAAAAAAGCUAAAGGCGCAAGGAGAAGGAGUAAGUGUUGAUAGCAGCUUCCGCGCUGAGAUAUCAACCCUUGGCAAGAUCAGGCAUUGUAACAUUGUGAAGCUCUAUGGCUUCUGCUGCCACCAAGACUCAAAUCUUCUCUUGUAUGAGUACAUGGAAAAUGGAAGUCUAGGAGAACAUCUCCAUGGAAAUGAACAAAGAUGUUUUCUAGACUGGAACGCUCGAUAUAAGAUUGCUCUUGGAGCAGCAGAGGGUUUGUGCUAUCUUCAUUACGAUUGUAAGCCCCAAAUCAUCCACCGCGACAUAAAGUCAAAUAACAUUUUAUUGGAUCAAGUUCUUCAAGCACACGUAGGAGACUUUGGCUUGGCUAAAUUGAUUGAGCUCCCAUACUCAAAAUCCAUGUCCGCUGUUGCAGGCUCAUAUGGCUACAUUGCCCCAGAGUACGCAUACACAAUGAAAGUGACUGAGAAAUGUGACAUAUAUAGCUUUGGGGUUGUACUGCUGGAACUAGUAACCGGGAAGUCACCUGUUCAACCGCUGGAGCAGGGAGGAGACCUCGUCACUUGGGUGAGAAGGGCAAUAAAUAAUGGAGUGGUAACGGCUGAAAUAUUUGACAAGAGGGUAGAUCUGACCGUGAAAAGGACAGUUGAGGAAAUGACCCUAUUUCUCAAGAUUGCAUUGUUCUGCACUAGUACAUCCCCAGUUAACAGGCCAACAAUGAGGGAGGUGAUCGCAAUGAUGAUUGAUGCUAGGGCAUCUGUGAGCAAUUUCUCAUCAUCACCGACAUCCGAGAGUCCUUUAGAUGAAGGCACUUCAAGAGAUUCCAUGGGAUUAUAGGCUCACUCCAUCUCCAUGAAAGGGUGCUAAGAUUCUGCAUGUCCUCCCAUACUACUACACAUUGAACGAGUGAUCUGCAUUCGCACUCGGAUUGCUUGAGAAAAUAAAGAUUUUAUCAGCAACGAUCUGCAUUUUGACUAACCAUCUGCUCUAGCUCGAUCAAAUGUACUAAGAUUUAAAAGUGGUUUAGAAGCAUAAUAAUUUCUCUGUAAACAAAACUCUCCACUUCGACCUAAUCCCAAAAUCUAUCAAGCAUCA